CCAUGUUCCAUGCUUUUAAUAGUUUUAGCUAGAAUGUGCAAAGGUUUUUUUUGUAUUAUAACUUUGACAUGCAUUGAGGACAUUGCAUGAAUUAAGUGUGGUGGGGACACUUACAUUUAGUUGAGCAUUUUUUUGGAAUACACCUGUUUAAAUAUAUUUGCAUGUUUUUACCAAACAUACUAGAUGUUAGAGGAGCAUGGAAGUAUAUGGAGCAGUUUUCUAACUCUUUUUCGUCCUAAGUUUCUAUUCAAGUAAAGUUAGUCUUAAGAAUAUCUUUUUUCUUCUCUAAACUAUGGUUAAUUACAUAUUAUCAAGAUGCUGAAAUGAAUAUAAUGUAUAUACUGGAACACCAUCUUAGGUUGGAAUGGGUGACACGGCACCUUUGACCCCUUAAGCAACGAAUCCCAAAAGGAAGUGAUGUUGUGUAUGCAGAAAACCUAAGUUGGAAGAGCAAACCCCGUUUUGGGCCGUAAGAAUCUCGUCCAUAACUAGUUUUAAAAUAAUAAGAAAAAAACCGAUGCCAUUGAGCCAAAAAAAGGAAAAAAGUGCAAUAAAUGGCUAGGUAAAAAAAGUAAAAUAAAAGAAAAUAAAUGAAUAAAAUAUUGUUUGAGCACUCGAGUUGAAACCCUCGGAAUACUUCGUUUAUUUAGGUUCUGGGCUAUCUGGAAUGGGCCUGGGGUAGCCUGGUUGAGACUCGCUACACGGGUCAACUCAAACAAUGAAAAAUCAAAUACUGAAUAAAAGCAAUAAAUCAAAGUUUCCAAGUUUUAGAGAAGAAAAUAUAUUUUCUUGAGCAUUUCCUUACUUGAUGGUUCCUUAGGAUUUCUAACCACUUUUUGCUGCUCUAUGUAUUUCUUUUAAAUUAUUCUCAAUGACCUUAAUUAAUUCAAAGUUUUGACAUUGAAUAAAAGUAAUUUCUACUUAGCUUUGAAGUGAAAGAAUUGUUUAAAAUUUAAAGUAGCAAAUUGAUUUUUAAAGUGUUCAUUCUAUUUGGUAUAUGAUUAAUUUUUUAUUAAUGUUCAAAUACAUCACUUUAUAUUGUUAUAUAAGAUAGAGAAGUUAUUUUGAGUUCUAAUGUUAAAAAAAGAGAGUUAGGAUUUUUGGUAUUUACUUUGCCCGAGGACGUACAAAGGACUAAGUGUGGGGGUAUUUGAUACGUUACAAAUUGUCACAUUUUAUUUGGUCAUACUUUAGUUCUUUAUUAUAUUUUUAGUACAUUUUAUGUUAAAAUAAAGUGCAUAAUGAAAGUGCAUAAUGAAAUACAUCACUUUAUAUUGUUAUAUAAGAUAGAGAAGUUAUUUUGAGUUCUAAUGUUAAAAAAAGAGAGUUAGGAUUUUUGGUAUUUACUUUGCCCGAGGACGUACAAAGGACUAAGUGUGGGGGCUACUUGUAAUAUUUUUACACUAAAAUCAUAAGUUGGGUAAAGUUUUUAUUAUAUUUCGUGUUGAAAUUAAUUUCUCUUAUAUGUAUUUUCAGAUAUACUCUUUGGAAUAAAAAAAAAUAGAUGUUAAGUUCAAGGGAUGGAGAAUUGGGCCAAGCUUUAAUGGAAUUGAAGAUUUAAAGUCCAAGUGCAAGUCAAGAUCCAAUUGCUAUACAAAUCCAAUCCAACCCAACCCACAUUAAACCUAAAAAAAGAGAGAAACAUGAUGGGUAUAAAGAGAGAGGAGCCGCAUCAUCUCAAAGGAGGGGGGCUGCUGAAAACGGAAAAAGAACGAAAAAAAAGAGAACGGAGCAGAGCCGAAGAACAAGGUGCAGCGACGACCUGGUGCGGCGGCGACGUUUCUUGCUCGGCUCUGGCUCCUCAUCUUCCUCCAAUUUUAGAGUUUAAUUCUUCCCUUCUUCUUUAAUUAUGUCAAGUUUUACUAUCAAUCUUGUUGAAUUUUACAUUAUAUUUGGCUAAACUCCAUAGCUAGGGCAAGGAUGAAACUUAUAUAUUCAAUUUGAUUUUUACUCAUCAUUUAUUUUUCCAUAUUGAUCUUAAAUGUUUAUUGUCUAUUUUUCCAAUUGAUUAUUAGGGUUUUCUUAAAAUAUUAAGUUUUGUCCAACUAGAUUAGAAAUAUUCAAUUGAAUCUAGAAUAAAAUUCUUCACAUAAUCAAGUCCCUGUGGGAUCAACCUGUAUUUGCAUUGCUAUACUUUCGUACGGUUUGUGCACUUGUGAGUAAAAAAAAUCACAACAGUAUUUAAUAAAAAUAGUACUUAUAAGCACCAGCUGCCUCAGCUCCAGCAGCGCAGCCUGCCCAGAGUCAGAAAUCUGCGGCAGCAUCCAGUCAACCCAAGCGGCCCGUACGUACGUGAUGCGAGGACGUACUGAGCAGCCGGCCCAUGACGUCAUCAUGGGUAUGUUUACCUUAUUUGAUACAUCCAUCACAGCAUUAAUUGAUCUGGGUUCUACUUUAUCAUAUGUUUGUAUGCCCAUGCUUGUUAUGCCUAACAUUCCAAGGGAAGACUUGGACAAUCCUGUAAUCGUGUCCAACCCAUUGGGACAUAGUCUACGACUCACUCAUGUAUAUCACGAUUGUCCAUUAGUGGUUCAGGGAAAGACCUUCCCAGAAAGUCUCAUUGAGCUCCCACAUCGUGAGUUUGACAUUAUUCUAGGCAUGGAUUGGCUCACUACCAACCAAGCCGUUGUUGAUUGUGGAGCACAUACUGUUCGACUGAGAGCCGAAGACGGUAGCGACAUUCUGAUCCGUGGUGAGCUUCUUCCAAAAGCCCCAGAACUCAUCUCAUACAUUCACGCUCGCCGACUCAUUCGCAAGAAGUGCGAAGCAUUCCUGUGCACAGUGCGUGACACUCGCUGGGAGGGACCUCGUAGGGAAGACAUCCCUACGAGCAGCGACGAUCUUUGUAUCCAGACUAGUGAGCUCGUCUCUCGAGGCGAGAAGCCGGAUUUCACGGUUCAGGAUGAUAUCUUGUACUAUCGGGAGCCUGAUACGGUCACACUUGAUGAGAAUCUUACGUACGAGGAGGAGCCGUUUGAGACUCUGGCUCGUGAGAUCCGUCAGUUGAGGAACAAAACCAUUCCGCUGGUCAAGGUUCUGUGGAGAAGUCACACCGUUGAGGAGGCGACAUGGGAAACCGAGGAAUCCAUGUGCACUUGUUAUCCACAUCUUUUCAGUGAGCAAUGAUCAGGAAAAUAUUAAGAACAUUGAGGAUAUUUACUGGUAUUUACUUUACUAGUAAAUACUAAUAUUUACUUUACUAGUAAAUACUAGUAUUUACU